UUGUGGCGGAGAACUCUGUCUGUCAUUGUUCUUGUCUGGGCUCUUUGGUAUAGAAACAAAGAUGGUAGAAAAUUUAGAAGUGGAGGAAGAAAGUAUGGUCCACUAGUUGAGAGAGACAUCUACAGGACUAAUGUCCUGGUUAGGCUAAUUGACACAUCCGAUGCAAUAUGUAUCAAGCAACUGCGGAUGUCUCGAGCUGUGUUUUACAAGCUAUGCAUUAGGCUCAGGCAAAAAAAGUUGUUAAUUGAUACACUACAUGUUUCAGUAGAGGAACAAGUAGCAAUGUUCCUAUACAUGAUCGGUCAGCAUCACACAAAUUCAUCCAUUGGAUUUUGGUUCUGGCGAUCUAGUGAAACAGUGAGCAGAUAUUUCAAUAUUGUUCUUCGCGCGAUGGGGGAGUUAGCUAGUGAUCUCAUUUACAUUAGAUCAACGGACACACACACACAAAAAUCACUAGCAGCCCGGACAGAUUCUACCCGUAUUUUGAGGGAUGCAUAGGGGCACUAGAUGGCACUCAUGUUAAGGCUUGUGUUCCUGCCCACAUGGUCAACAAGUUUAGGGGCCGCAAGUCAUACCCCUCCCAAAAUGUGCUAGCAGUUGUUGACUUUGACCUUCGAUUCACAUAUGUUCUAGCUGGUUGGGAGGGCUCUGCCCAUGAUUCUCUUGUGCUAAAAUAUGCCCUCACACGUCCAGGGGGAUUAAAAAUACCCGAAGGGAAAUAUUUCUUGGCUGAUGCUGGGUAUGCUGCGAGGCCAGGGAUAUUACCUCCUUAUCGUGGUGUGCGCUACCACCUAAAUGAAUUUGCUGGAGACCGUGACCCAACUACCCCAAAAGAAUUGUUCAACCACCGCCAUUCAUCACUUAGGACCACAGUUGAACGGGCAUUUGGGACUCUUAAGAGUCGCUUCAAGAUUCUUACUCAAAGGCCCUUCAUACCUUUGAAAUCUCAGAUUAAAGUGGUAGUUGCUUGUUGUGCUUUGCACAAUUGGAUAUUAGAAAAUAGUCCAUAUGAUUAUGUUGUGGAUGAGGCGACAUGGUAUGACAAUCUCCCUACGAGUACUGGGCGGGUUCGUGAUCAAGAGGCUGACAUACGUGAGUGGGCUGCCAAGCGAGAUUUAAUCGCUCAGCAAAUGUGGACAGAUAGAGAGAGUGCACGUGACAAUGAGGCUGAUGCUAUCCCAGCUUAGUAUCUUUGAUGUAUUUCCACGUGAUGGAACAUUUGAAGGAU